AUGAAUGACGGUCGCGAUGCUCUAACUAGUGGUGAGGUGCGAGAUACGGAGGCCAGUGCGAACACCCCCAUGAACGACGCGUCGGCUCCCGCGCAUCACAAUCCAAUGCCUUCCGAGAACCAAAACACACAACCGUCACGGCCCUUGUCGUCGCGGAUAGAUCAAUUGAAUGCUACUAUCGCUCCCGGCGGGGAUCACUCCAGUUCGACCUAUAUUGAAUCGUCGGAGCGCGGCAGCGACAUAUCAAUCAAGGGCCGACCAGAUCAUUCGGCCCCUACAAACUCUCUUUCCAGCCACCCUAUAUCCCCGGUCAAUGGUACCGAUCAAACACGGUUGGACAAGCCUAUAUUGAACGGACACACUCCGGCCCCGGGGGUGGAGCCAGAGCCAUUGGAUUCUCAAAUCGCCCCACCAAAGCCGGCAAACGGCGGUGCCUCAAUAGAUCGAUGGCAGCCCUCAUUAUCGCCCAUCAAAGCUGGCAAUGCUUCAAUUUCACCGCCACCAUCUCCAGAGCAUCCGCGAACAAGAUCGCACUUGGAUGCUCAAUGGGCUCCAGGCCAGAAACGGACCGCAGCUGGCCACUUCAAGUCCACUUUAGAUUCCUCCGCUGUUCAUGAUGUCGAUGUGAACGGAGCACGAAGACGUUCGAAGAGCACUGGCUCGGCUUAUGGAAAUAGGAUUGCACAGUUGUCUGUCCAUAUCCGCACGCGUCUGUCAUACGCAGCCGCCAAGGUAGAACAGGCCCGUCAGUCGCGUGAAGCUACCCCUCAAAGCGCACUCCGAGCACACAGCAGCGCAUCGCCACCAAGUGAUAUUGUAUCAUUGCCAGCAGGAUUCUCUACACCUUUCUCACAAGACUCACAACCUUCGAGUUCGAACGGAAACCCUUCGCAUUUCCCAAACCAUAGCCGCUCACGAUCAGCAUUCUCAUCUAAUCAAUAUCUUCCAAUUCCCAAGCUAGCACCGCCUGUGGAUAUCGUCUCAUCAAGCAAUACCCAGCGCCGUCGCCCAAAUCCUGAUGCAAUCUCCAAACCCUCAAACCAUAGCCCUAUUUUCCGCCACCGACGCCACCAUUCAAACCAAGACAACGGACUCAGCCGAUCUCUCAACGGCUCAGUCCUUGGCCCCGGGACGUCCUCAUCUCACACCCACCCACCAAAAUCCACACCAAACGGCUUCUACAGACCCACACAGACCCCCAACACUGCGAUGGAACAAGACGCCAUCGAAACCCUGAUGUUCAUGUCCAGUCCCGAGAACUCGGGGUAUCGCUUCAGCCCUCGUCCGCUGCAGACGGCUAGCACGCAAAGCAGUCUCAAUGAGUCGAUUAGCAAUUCCAGUGCCAAUAACAAUGGCAGCCAGAGCUCACAAACCUCUGAGUCUCACGGCCGUGGAUUUGAAACCAAGCCGGGACUGGAGGCUCAUGCUGGUGAUGAUAUUGAUCGUCUUUUGGAUCAGAUGGAUAGUGACAGCGAGGAUGAGGGUCGGUAUGCAUCGCAUCGUUCUGUUAUUACUGGUUCACAACCGUUCAGAGGGACUCAACCGAGAUAA